AUGUGUGAUAGCCAUGGUCACGACGAAGCUUCUUUCUUUCUUUCUUUCUUUCUUUCUUUAUUUAUUUAUUUAUUUUUUCUUUUUGCUGUUUAUUUUCUUUCUUUCUUUUUUCUCGUGUAUUUUCUUUUUCUCUUACUUUCUUUCUUUCUUUCUUUCUUUCUUUUUUCUUUCUUCUAUUUAUUUUCUUUCUUUUUUCACGUGUAUUUUCUUUUUUCUUUCUUUCUUUCUUUCUUUAUUUCUUUCUUUCCAUCUUUUUCUUCCUUUUCUAACAAAUUCUUUCUUUAUCUUUUACCAACAUUUUUCAUCCGUUCUUUCUUUCUUUCUUUCUUUCUUUCUUCCCUUCUUUCUUUCUUUCUUUAUUUAUUUCUAUCUUCGUUUUCUCCUUCCUUCUGUUCUAUUGAUUUUUUCUCUUUCUGUUGUCAACGUUUUUCUUUCUUUCUGUCGUCUCAUUUCUUUUUUCUAUAUUCUUUUUUCAUUUUUCUUUUAUUUUCUUUCUUUCUUUGUUUCCCAUUGAUUAUUUUCUUUCUUUCUGUUAUUUUCUUUUCUUUUUUCUUUCUUUUCUUUCUUUCUUUCUUUCUUUCUUUCUUUCUCUUCUGA